GCCCAUCUUCCCCCCCAACGCCUUUCCCCAUCCCAUCUCCUCUGUUUUCCUCUGCUUCUACAAAAAUGGCUUCCGUGGCUUCCACUCUCACCACCAAGCUCCAGACCCCCUCCUCCUCCUUACUCGACUCCUCUUUCCAUGGCACCCCUCUGGCCCCUCCUCCUCCUUCUCUCCGCCUCAAAUCCACCCCCGCCGCUUUCUCCAUCUCCGCCUCUCAGCAGCAGCCCUACGAUUUGAACUCCUUCAAAUUCAACCCCAUCAAGGAGUCCAUCGUCUCACGUGAGAUGACCCGCCGUUACAUGACCGACAUGAUCACUUACGCCGACACUGAUGUCGUCAUCGUCGGCGCUGGCUCUGCCGGCCUCUCUUGCGCUUAUGAACUUAGCAAAAACCCUGAUAUUCGCAUCGCCAUAAUUGAGCAGUCCGUCUCCCCCGGCGGCGGUGCAUGGCUCGGUGGCCAGCUCUUCUCUGCUAUGGUGGUAAGGAAGCCAGCCCACUGCUUCUUGGACGAGGUUGGUGUGGAGUACGACGAGCAAGAGGACUACGUUGUAAUUAAGCACGCGGCUCUGUUCACCUCAACGAUCAUGAGCAAGCUGCUGGCACGGCCCAAUGUCAAGCUGUUCAACGCCGUGGCGGCAGAGGAUUUGAUCGUCAAGGGCGGCAGAGUUGGCGGUGUCGUCACCAACUGGGCUUUAGUGUCAAUGAACCAUGACACACAGUCCUGCAUGGACCCUAAUGUCAUGGAGGCGAAGGUAGUGGUCAGCUCUUGUGGCCACGACGGGCCCUUCGGAGCCACCGGAGUGAAGCGGCUUAAGAGCAUUGGCAUGAUCGAUUCCGUCCCGGGAAUGAAGGCCCUGGACAUGAACACGGCGGAGGAUGCCAUUGUUAGGCUCACCCGAGAGGUAGUGCCUGGCAUGAUCGUCACGGGUAUGGAGGUGGCGGAGAUCGACGGAGCUCCAAGAAUGGGGCCAACGUUCGGGGCAAUGAUGAUAUCAGGGCAGAAGGCGGCGCACCUGGCGUUGAAGUCAUUGGGGCUGGCAAAUUGCAUUGAGGAUGAAGCAGCUGAUCUGAUACUGGCGGCGGGAGAGUCACCGGAGGUUGCAGAUGGUUGAAGGGUGAGUUUUCAUGGAUGGAAGGCGGCGGUUGUGUUUUGUGAUUCAUGGGGGCUCUGUUUCCGUGGCAAACAGAUUGGGGUUUGGGGAAAAGCCAAUUUUAAGUUAAAUUAAAUAAAAUUGUAUCAAAAUGUUAAUUGCCUU